AUGCUGACAAUUGCUUCUGUGUUUCAGGCAAUUCAGAGAUCCGUGGGACCCGCCAGCCUGAGUCUGCUCACCUUUAAAGUCUAUGCAUCACCAAAGAAGGACUCACCCACCAAAAACUCUGUCAAGGUUGAUGAGCUUUCACUCUACUCAGUUCCAGAAGAUCAAUCUAAAUAUGUGGAGGAGCCAAGAACCUUACUUGAGGAAAACAUUUCACAGCUCCGACACUUUUGCGAGCCAUAUACAAGUUGGUGUCAGGAAAAGUACUUCUACACUAAGCCCAAGAUGCAGAGUAUUGCUCAGUGGGGAGUAGACAGCUAUGAAUAUCUCAAGAAUGCACCUCCUGGAUUUUUCCCAAGACUCGGUGUUAUUGGGUUUGCUGGCUUUGUUGGACUCCUUUUCUCUAGAGGCUCAAAAAUAAAGAAGUUGGUAUAUCCACCUGGUUUCAUGGGAAUAGCUGCUUCUGUCUAUUAUCCACAACAAGCCAUCAGCUUUGCCCAGGUCAGCGGGGGAAUAUUAUAUGAAUGGGGUUUGCAAGGAUACAUAGUCAUAGAAGAUUUGUGGAAGAACUUUCAAAAGAAUUAUUGA